CUGUGCUACUGAGGUUGAAUCCUUGUCAUCACGUAUAUGCACAAACUUCUGAAAGGAACUACAUCUGUGAGCCUUCCACCAACUUGGUGAUGAAGUGUUGUUGUAAUGCUACAAGCGUGGCCAGUGGAUCAAUGAAGAGCUGAUAGGUCUGUGAGACAAGGAGUCCCGGCCAGGGUAAUACACUUCACAAGGAAGACUGGGUCGGGAAGACAGCCACGGCUUACAGAUUUGUGUUCCUUUAAUUACCUUAGCUGAAAGGUUUUUGUUAACACAACAGACAAACAUGGUGCACACAAAUGGAAGCUCAAGUCGUGUCAAGUUUCCACUAGCAACCCGCGAGGAACUGGUAUGGAUGUACUCUGUGGACAAGGACGACUCCGGUGUGUCAAUGUACAUUGCUGUCAUUGUAAUGGCCAUCAUCAUCAUUACUGGCUGUGCUGGCAACAUAAUGGCCAUCCUAGCUGUGAAGACCACGAGGAAACUGCAGACAGUGUCUAACAUGUUUGUGGUGAACCUGAGCGUGUGCGACCUAAUGUUUCUACUCUUCGUCCUGCCGUUCAACAUCUACACCUACAUAGCUGACGGCUGGUACAUUGACACCAACCUCUGCAAGUUUGUGGGCAUCCUGGGAUACACUCUCACAGGUACAACUAUCAUCACCAUCACUCUGAUAGCAUGGAACCGCUACAAGAUGGUCACCGACCUGGCUGCCUACAAGACAAUAUUUGUUCCCUCCAACAUCAGCGCGAUGCUGAUGGUGGCCUGGAUUCUCCCUCUGCUGGGACUGACACCAGCCAUCGUGGGAGCAUGGGGCCAGUUUGGCAACGUCCCAAUGCUGGUCACAUGCAACUUGAUACUUGACCAUGACAGCCAGGCCUUCAAGCUCUUCCUCCUCCUCAUCAGAGCAGUCAUUCCCAGCGUGCUCAUCACAUUCUUCUACGCCCGGAUCUACAGUACAACUAGAGCCAGUCAUCGUCGUAUGGUGCGACCAUCCAUCCUGAACUCUAUCCUUGACCUUCACAAUCAACGUAAGGAGAUGCAUCUGACUCGCAUGAUGAUCGCGAUAUUCAUCGUGUUUGCCAUGUCCUAUUUCCCCUGUACCGUGUCCAGCAUCAUCGACUGGAACACUGUUCUGUCCAAGCAGUUCCACAUGUUUUGCUCCAUCACGGUGUAUGUGGGCAGUGCCAUCAACCCACUCAUCUACGGACUGAUGAACUCACAGUUCAGACGAGCCUACUUCAGCAUUGUGUCCUGCAAGAAAAUAGGAGCCAAGAAGGACGUAACAGUGAAGAUGUCAAGCCGUGCCCCUGGCCUCAAGCAGCACUUGGGUGAGUUGAACCAGUUGUUACCUGGGCAACAGGCUACAUCAUUGUUGCUUGGUCCAGGCUUGAACUCGGACCCUUCACACUGUGGGACAGGAACAGACCAUGGUCCUGCAUCCUGACAUUAUCAACUUAUAUUACAGUAGAGGAAACAGACCAAUGGUGUGAAUGGAAUACUGGGAGGCCGCACAAAUGACUGUGAAACUGCACAAACGACUGUGAAGCUUGCUAUAGACAGUGAAGUCAGCUGAAACAUGACGAGUAAUUCUAGUGGCUUAACUCGAUGUACACAGAGGACUAUAUUGAGAGAUUUUACUCCACUUCACAUUCAGCUACAGUAAGCAAACAGGAAGGAGCAAUACGCUACUAUCUCAGUCCACCUUGGUUCUCCCAAUCUCUUGUCACGCAUCAUCAAGUAUCUGUGUUUAUUUCAUGCAUCAUACAAGCUACUUGUCGAUGAAAAUCACUGUCACACAAGCUACUUGUC